CCGUGUCCCCGCCUGCAGAGUCAGUGUGCGGUUUGGGAGAAAAUGUGUCGGAUAUUUUGGGGCGGUCACGUGGGCGGGCGGGCUCCGAGAGGCCCCGGGACAGUCCCAGCCUAGAGCCGGUGUCCCCCCCAAAAGCCCCCCAUUACUGCGAGCCUCUGACACUGCGACGCUCCAAUCCCGCGACCGCCGGACGCCGGGACCUCGGGGCUCCGCGGCCUCCCUUCCUCCUCCCUUCCCCUCCAGCAAUUACAGCCUGGUCCCCUCAACUUGACCCAGUAUGUAGGAGGGAACCUCUGCAGGUGGCCAGAGGGACUCUCGGAGACCCAGUGGGCAGGCCACGAAGGGCGGGCACGGAGGCUCCCAGGCCUUUUAGGCAGUGGGCAUGGGCGGGGGCUGUGGCUGAAGACCUCCCCCGCCCACUGCAGACCCCAAGGGAUUCAGCCUCCCACACUGCAGCUGCCAUGGCCACCAAUAAGGAGCGACUCUUUGCCACUGGUGCCCUGGGGCCUGGAUCUGGCUACCCAGGGGCUGGCUUCCCCUUCGCCUUCCCAGGGGCACUCAGAGGGUCUCCACCAUUCGAGAUGCUGAGCCCUAGUUUCCGGGGCCUGGGCCAGCCUGACCUUCCCAAGGAGAUGGCCUCUCUGUCGGUGGAGACACAGAGCACUAGCUCUGAGGAGAUGGUGCCCAGCUCACCCUCACCCCCUCCACCUCCUCGGGUCUACAAGCCAUGCUUCGUGUGCAAUGACAAGUCCUCUGGCUACCACUAUGGGGUCAGCUCUUGUGAAGGCUGCAAGGGCUUCUUCCGACGCAGCAUUCAGAAGAACAUGGUGUACACAUGUCACCGAGACAAGAACUGUAUCAUCAAUAAGGUGACCCGGAAUCGCUGCCAGUACUGUCGGCUACAGAAGUGCUUUGAAGUGGGCAUGUCCAAGGAAGCUGUGCGGAAUGACCGGAACAAGAAAAAGAAAGAGGUGAAGGAAGAAGGGUCGCUUGACAGCUAUGAGCUGAGUCCCCAGUUAGAAGAACUCAUCACCAAGGUCAGCAAAGCCCAUCAGGAGACCUUCCCCUCGCUCUGCCAGCUGGGCAAGUACACCACGAACUCCAGUGCGGACCACCGGGUGCAGUUGGAUCUGGGGCUGUGGGACAAGUUCAGUGAACUGGCCACCAAGUGCAUCAUCAAGAUUGUGGAAUUUGCCAAGCGGCUACCCGGCUUUACAGGGCUCAGCAUUGCUGACCAAAUCACUCUGCUCAAGGCUGCCUGCCUGGACAUCCUGAUGCUUCGGAUCUGCACAAGGUACACCCCAGAGCAGGACACCAUGACCUUCUCUGAUGGGCUGACCCUGAACCGGACUCAGAUGCACAACGCUGGCUUUGGACCCCUCACAGACCUCGUCUUUGCCUUUGCUGGGCAGCUCCUGCCACUGGAGAUGGAUGACACUGAGACAGGGCUGCUCAGUGCCAUCUGCCUCAUCUGCGGAGACCGCAUGGAUCUGGAGGAACCUGAAAAAGUGGACAAACUACAGGAGCCACUGCUGGAAGCCCUGAGGCUAUAUGCCCGCCGGCGGCGGCCCAGUCAGCCCUACAUGUUCCCGAGGAUGCUCAUGAAGAUCACCGACCUCCGGGGCAUCAGCACCAAGGGAGCAGAAAGGGCCAUCACCCUGAAAAUGGAGAUUCCAGGCCCGAUGCCUCCCCUGAUUCGAGAGAUGCUGGAAAAUCCUGAAAUGUUUGAAGAUGACUCACCACAGACUGGUCCCCACCCUAAGGCCUCUAGCAAGGAUGAUGUUCCAGGGGGCCAGGGCAAAGGGGGCCGUAACCCCCAGCCUGGCCAGGGCCCCUGACUUCCCCACCACGGGGGUUGGGGCUCCAGGCAGCAGACUGACCAUCUCCCAGACACUGCCCAUGACUGGGGGAGGACCUGCUCUGCCCUCUGCCCAACCCUUCCAAUGAGCUCCUUGUUUUUGCCAAAGUUUCCGGGGGUGCCUCUGUGUUCGUCCCCUUCCUGCUCUAACUGGCUCCCUUUCCAGUCUUGGGGGUCUGCCCUGCUCCCUCCAGGAGAGAGGACAGAGGGGCAAGCCUAGGUUUGGACUCUAAAAUCUCAGUACUGCCCCUCAGACUCCAGGGUCCCAGGCUCCCCAGGGCAGGAGGAAGACCCUGCCAUUCUACAGCCCCUUCCUCUGCCAGGUGCUUAGGCUUCUGGGAGCAAACAGGAACACUAGAGACCAAAAGGAGGGUGUAGGGGGAGGGCUGAGCCCACCCUCUAGCCCCUGCCCUUGGUGCCUAAUGCUGCGUAAUGCACCUGCCAGGUGCAUGCUACCCUUGUGCCCCAUCCUGUGCCAGGUCAGGGUGGGGCAGGCUGGGCCCUGCAUUUCUGGGGGGGGGGACCAGAGGGUGAAGGCCACAGAUGCAGGCCCAUUCUGCACCUCUUUGCUUGGGCCCAGAGUUUACCUUGUGCCCUCCAUUAUAAGCCCCUCCCCAACCCUGUCAUGUGCCUUGGGCUCCCCCUGCCCCUCAUCUCAGCCAUGGGGCAGGGACCCUCCUACACUACAGAGGGACCAGGGGACCCCUUUCCCCCUAGUGCCUUUCCCCCUGACCCACCAGAGCAGCUUGGCCCAGGGAGAGGGGGGGUGGGUGCUGCUUAGCUGAUCCUGCCCUGACCCAGAGGAAGCCUCUAUUUAUUUAUUAGCUUUUGUUUACACCCUGGAAUUGACCCCUUCCUCUAGGGGUCUUGGGAGGGGAAGCCCAGGGCCCCUGUGACCCCCUCCCUUCUUCCUCCAAUUCCCAGUUUGUAUUUAGCUGCCAAAUAAGAUUCCCACUGGCUCCCCUUUUUCUCUGGGGGGUCAGGGUGCUGUCCCCUCCCCUCUGUUUACAUCUCCCCUCCACCCCGCUGUAUCGCAUAUUGCUGAGUUUUCUAUUUUUGCAAAAUAAAGUGAUGGAAACUCA